GCUCCACGCUCAUCUACACGCUUCACGUCAAGCAGUAGCGCACAGUAUCAAUCUGAGGCUUUGCGGUGUGUACAAUCGUAAUGUGUGCUUGGUAGACUGUACACUUUCUUUCCUUCCUCGCAGUCAAUCGCUUGCUAUGCUGAGCGCGAACAUCUGUCGCCAGUGCAGAGCGCACCUGCAACCUCGUCGCAUCGCUGCUCAGCACUCUCAAUGGCAAUCGAGAGCUACCUUCAUAUCGCUGCGCGAACAACGGCCACAACACAGCACCGAACAAACUGAAGCCCAGGCACAGCCGGAGGACGCGGGCGUCGCACCCAAGAGCGACCAGCCAUCUUCUUACAGUCUUUUCGACCGUGAUCAGACAGCACCCGCUAGAAAUGGAUCACGAUCUUUAGGAAGAUACUCAAAGCACUUACGCGACGGUCAUGUCGAUGCGCCGGGGGUUCAAGAUGCAAACAGGGCCGACGGCGCUGAGGAGAAAGAAAUUAACUACACUGUACGCAUUCGCAGCCGUUUACGGACUGGGGGACUGAAAGGCGCCUGGGAAUUAUUCGAGAGGACAUACACUUCGGCUGAUUGCGAAGCCCUCAAGAAGCCCUCCACGACAGACAUCCAACAGAUUGACAGACAGUAUUUCUUCCCCAAUAUCCUGGCCCAAGUCAUAAAGGAAUUCUGUGACGGACAGGGAGAGCCAACAGUCACUCCCACGGCCGCUCUCUUGAAAUACGAGCAGCUCGGCAUCGCACCCGCGGGCUUAUGGGUCAAAGAUGCGAUUGAACCUCUAACACAUCAAGUAAUGCUCGCUGCCAACGGCGUCAGUACAACUCCGCAACGGGACUUACCGACCCUGCUCUCCGAGCUGAUCUCUCUGUGGCGAUUGUUCUUCCAGUGCAAAGGACCAGGCAAUGAUCCGUUAGAGGCUAUAAGCACAGAGUGGAACCUGCCCGCCAUUGAUGCCAUUCCUUUCGUCUUUGAGUCGAACGACUUCAGUCACCGUUUGCAAGAGUUUCAUCCAAAAGCUAUUGGUAGUCCAGCUCUCGGAUUCUGUGCGAUCUACUUGUUCAACCUGACCGACGCCAUAAUCGCGAGUGAGUCGCUGCGCCCUCAGGCAGCACCUUUCCUGGAACUUCUUGUCCGUGUUCUAUCGGGCGCAAGGGUAUCCUCGGUAAAUAAACAUGCAGCAUUCUCAAGAGUGUUCCAAACUCUCCCUGAAGAUGUGCAGGUUGAGGUUACAAGGGAGAUUGACGCAGCGCCUGCGAGGGCUUUGGGCACUCUGGGACGACUCUCAGCCACCGCCAAUAAGUCCGCCGCAGCAACCGUCCCUGUAUCCGCCGAGGAAAGUAUGGCUGAUCUGGAGGUUUUCAACCUCAAGACCAUUGGGAAGUUGCUAAUGGUCAAGGGCUCACCUGCAUCGCUUGAUCGCCACUGGAGACGUAUCUCAAGGGACUAUACAAAAGACGGAAAGACUUCAAUUCCGCCUAAAAUCUACGACGCGUUCCUCUCCGGGUAUCUGAUCCUUCACAAAGCCCCACGCUCUGUCGAAGUAUGGAAUCAUAUGAUCGCAAAUGGAGUCAAUCCUGAGAUGCGAACUUGGGUUGCAAUGCUGGACGGUUGCGCAAAAGCAAAGGAUCUUGACGGCUUUAACGCCAUGUGGCAGCGCAUGCAGAGCGCAGGAAUGGAGCCGGAUGAUCAUGCCUGGACGACACGUGUACACGGUCUGAUGUCUUUUCGUCAAAUCAAUCUCGGUCUUCAAACUCUCGAGGACAUGGGCAGAAGGUGGCAGUCAGCAGAGAUCGCCGCUCCGUCAAAAUCAAAGGCCUCCAAGAAACAGCCCAGGAUCAACGAUUGCACAAAACCAUCUGUGGCGGUGAUCAACGGUGCUAUCUCAGGACUUGUUCAACUGUCAACGAUACAUCAACGGAAGCGUGUUGAUUAUGUGCAGAAGAUUAUGAAGUGGGCAACACACUUCGGUGUCAGGCCAGACACGCGCACAUUCAAUAUCUUGAUACAGAUGUAUCUUAGCGCAGGAGACUCCGCCACAGCUUUCAAGAUACUGAAACAGAUGGAACUGAACGGGAUAGAAGCGGACAUGGCCACACACACUAUGCUGAUUACAGCAGCUUUUGAAAACGGCACACUCGGUGACUUGACUGAUGCGGAACGAGCAAAACAUCUUAUCCGAGUGUUUGAAGAGCUUGAGGCUGGUGGUAUGAAAUUAGAGAAACGGAUCUACUCCACAGCCAUCGACCGCCUGCUGAAGCAAUACGAGAGUCUCGAGGCUGUGCGCGCACUCAUCGAACAUAUGCGAAGUCGCAAGUUGUCGCCCAGCGCACAUGCCUAUACGUCAAUCAUCACAUUUUACUUCCAACAAACGCCACCAGCUAUUGCAGCAGUCGACUCGUUGCUCCAACAAAUCUUCGAGACUCAUGACGAAUCUACAGACAAAAUCCUCUUCGACCGCGCCAUCGAAGGAUAUGCCCAACAUGGCGAAGUAGGCAGGAUGAUGAGCGUGCUCACACGCAUGUCCAAAGCUGGUAAUCACCCGGGCUUUCGUGCGCUUACCGCCGUUAUCAAAGCCUUGGUUGCUGCCGGCGAUGUCGAUCGCGCGCGCCUUGUUGUGCGCGAUGUGCAGCGUGGUGAGGGCGUGGCGAAUGGCGGCGUUACGGGCGCCUACCAAGAUCAAAAGUAUUUUCUGGCAGUCGCAGAAGAUCUAGGCGUCGGGUCGAACGAAGAGCGUAACAAUGACAGCUUCACGAUGAGGAACGACCUGACGGGAGCACAAGAGGAGCAGACGGCGAUUGGGAUGCAGCCAGAGCCAAAGGCUUCAGGCCAACCGAUUGGGGCUCAGUGGGCACCGUCUAUUGUGCAGAGAGCUUCUGAGCAGAGAGCCCCUGAGCAGAGCAGACCCGACUUAGAGCCGGCAGAGGAAGACAUUCACGGUUUCCUAGACAGCGGCACUGAUGCUGAGCCUAGACAAUGGUAGACUGGGGGACUCGUCAGCUCGAUGCAAAGGCGCAUCGCAUACAUGCAUGGCAACGCUAUAGGCCUCGUGGCUCGCGGCAAGCCACACACGCAUUGUACAUCUGUAGCCC